CUCCCGAUUUUCUCUCUCACACACAACACACACUGAAUCCACUUUCUCUCUCUGGAUCUCACCGAUUCAACCAACCCGAACUCCCCCCACCUGUAAGUUCCCUUCCUUCCUCCCUUUCUUUUUUCUUUGCAGAAAAUCCAGCUAAGGAAGAGAGAGAGAGACAGGGAGAAAAAUCCGGCGAAGCAUAUACAGGAUACACCCCAGAUGUGUCUGCGUCAACUUCAGAUCUAAUCGUUUCUCUAUCCAAGUCAACAGAUCUGUUCAUCCACUUUCCCUAUCACCUCUACUAAUCUUCUGGUAUUUCUGCUGCAGAUAUAAACGAUCUGGUUUUGUUUUUUAGGGUUUUUGCUGAAGACGAAGAAACAGAACAAUGGCGCCGACAACCUUUCGGAAGGCUAUUGGAGCGGUGAAGGAUCAAACAAGCAUUGGAAUCGCGAAGGUGGCUAGCAAUAUGGCACCGGAGCUAGAAGUUGCCAUAGUGAAAGCCACUAGUCACGAUGAUGAUCCUGCCGGUGAGAAGUACAUACGAGAGAUCCUGCAGCUCACAUCAUACUCACGAGGCUACGUGAGUGCCUGCGUUCAUGCUGUAUCUAAAAGGUUGAGCAAGACUCGUGAUUGGAUCGUUGCCCUGAAGUGCUUAGUUCUCAUCCACCGGCUGUUGAAUGAUGGUGACUCGGUUUUCCAGCAGGAAAUCAUGUAUGCUACUAGGAGAGGAACUAGGUUGCUUAACAUGUCGGACUUUCGUGAUGAGGCACACUCGAAUUCAUGGGAUCACUCCACUUUUGUGAGGACUUAUGGGUUUUACUUGGAUCAGAGGCUGGAUUUGAUUGCCUAUGAGAGGAAACAAAGCGGCGCCGGCAGUGGAGACCCCGAGAAGUCCAGGGAAGAACGGUGGAAAUCGCCACCAAAUCGUGGAUAUGAUUAUGAUUACAACGAGUUUCGUGAUGAACCUGGUUAUGGAAAUAUGAGGAAGUCAAGAUCUUCUGGGGAUGUGAGAGAGGGAUCUGGUGGAUCAUCUCAGGAGAAGAAAGAUGCGACUCCAUUGAGGGAUAUGAAACCUGAGAGGAUUUUUGGGAAGAUGGGGCAUUUACAGAGGCUGUUGGACCGAGUAUUGUCAUGCCGACCUACUGGUCUGGCAAGGAACAGCAGGAUGGUGUUGGUUGCCCUAUACCCUGUUGUGCAAGAGAGUUUCAAGCUUUACGCUGAUAUAUGUGAAGUUUUAGCCAUCUUGCUUGAUCGAUUCUUCGAUAUGGAACAUCAUGAUUGUGUGAAGGCAUUUGAUGCUUAUGCUGGUGCCGCAAAACAGAUUGAUGAGCUGGUAGGUUUCUAUAAUUGGUGCAAGGAUAUGGGUGUUGCAAGAUCAUCAGAGUAUCCAGAAGUUCAGAGGAUAACUGGAAAAUUGCUAGAGACACUGGAAGAAUUUGUGAGAGAUAGAGCAAAAGCUAUGAAAAGCCCAGAGAAGAAACCUGAGGUUGUGGAACAAGUUAAAGAGGAAGAGCCAGUUCCCGAUAUGAAUGAAAUAAAGGCUUUGCCAGCACCAGAGACUUGUGCUCCCCCACCGCCUCCUGAGGUUGAGCCCCCUAAGCCUAAACCGCAACACACUGGUGAUUUAGUGGACCUAAGAGAGGAGGCAAUGACAGCUGAUGAUCAAGGAAAUAGAUUUGCUUUGGCCUUAUUUGCUGGUCCAGCAGCAAACAAGGGGAAUGGAAACUGGGAAGCAUUUGGAUCCAAUGGGGAGGCUGAAGUGAUCUCUGCCUGGCAGAAUCCAGCUGCAGAAACUGGAAAAGCCGAUUGGGAACUUGCAUUGGUGGAAACCGCCAGUAAUCUAGAGAAACAGAAGGCGGCAAUGGGUGGUGGGCUUGACCCUUUAUUGCUAAACGGAAUGUAUGACCAAGGAAUGGUGAGGCAACAUGUGAACACCAGUCAGUUAACCGGAGGCAGUGCUAGCAGCGUGGCAUUGCCAGGGAAGACAGCUACGCCUGUUUUGGCACUCCCGGCUCCUGAUGGGUCUGUUCAAACGGUUGGGGGAGAUCCGUUUGCAGCAUCUUUGAGUGUCCCUCCACCGGCUUACGUCCAAAUGGCAGAUAUAGAGAAGAAACAGCAUUUGCUUGUGCAAGAACAAAUGGUUUGGCAACAGUAUGCUAGGGAUGGAAUGCAAGGUCAAGUUAGUCUGGCAAAGAUCAAUAGCGGUGGAUAUGUGGCUCCAGGACAACCACCCAUGAUGCCUUACGGGGUUCCACCUGUAAACGGAGCCGGGUACUACUAUCCUACUCCUUACUAAUAAUACAUGUUUGCUCUGUAUUUGUUCUUUAAUCUUUUGUGUUACAUAUCUUGUACUUGUCCAAUUGAUUCCUGCAUGUUUGCAUUUCCACUCUAUUGAGAUUUGUUGGCAUUUUUGUUCUUAUACUAUGUCCCUGUUAGAACACAUGAGUAACUAUAUCAUUCAAUAUGACAAUGUAAUCUGUAAUUAUUUGCUAUUAAAGGCAAUCUGCUACCUGUUGUUUCUUUUCUCAUGA